GGGGCCUCUAAAGUGAAGUGACCUUCUUUACGACCGACAGAAACCGCUCGCCGGCUGAGAGGAAUUGCCUACACCUACACCGGAGUGAUUUUAACCCCCCAUAUUUUAAUCAAAAGCUGACUAUGGGAGACAUUGCCAAAGGAAAGAAGGCUUUUGUCCAGAAGUGUGCUCAGUGCCACACAGUAGAGGAGGGCGGCAAGCACAAGGUGGGCCCCAACCUCUGGGGUCUGUUCGGACGCAAGACCGGACAGGCAGAGGGCUUCUCGUACACAGACGCCAACAAGAGUAAAGGUAUUAUCUGGGGUGAGGACACCUUGAUGGAGUACCUGGAGAACCCCAAGAAGUACAUUCCUGGAACCAAAAUGAUCUUCGCUGGCAUCAAGAAGAAGGGAGAGCGCCAGGACCUCAUCGCAUACCUGAAAUCAGCAACAUCGUGAACGAAAUCAUAAACAUCAGAAUAUUUAAUGACAUUUUAUUUUUUUGUUUGUUUAUUUUUAGGCUUGCACAUGCUAAAUAUGUGGUUUUAUGUUUAGUCAUUUAAAUUUAAGGUUAAUUUAUGUUGUCUAGGGUUAGAAAAGUGGCGCAUCUUGUGAGCCAAUAAGUUCACAGCAAAUGUCGCUUCCUCUUUAACGUCAGGGUGCGAGCAGUUGGUCAAGUGGCUAAACAUAAAACUACAGUCUGUUAUUUUGUCAAUCUGUGCUUUGACUCUAACAAGAAGAACAAAUGAAUCACAUUAUGUAAAAUUUCUCAAUGAUAGGUUGCCUGACCUGUCACUUCUGUUUUUCAUGACACUUGUCUGGUACUGUCUGUUAGGAGAGCUAUCUGCCAUCGACCUCAUUUUUAAAAAUAUAACUGAAAAAUGUCAUCUAAUAUUAGUUACGUCAGAGUGAUAAUGGGUGGAAAUUUUGGAAUUCUUGAUGGUUAACUGGUACUGACUCUAAAUCCUGCCCCCAGCCUUCAUGUCGGCUGGAGUUUCUAACAUUGCAGAGGAUGACACAUGUGACGCCUCUGCCCUCCCUGUUCAUCCUUGUAUUGGAUUUAGAUUCUACACACUGAACAUUUUGUCCUCUAAAACUUUUGGACAAAGCCUGUUGUUGCAUUGUACGACUCCUCACAGAGCCUGAUCUGUUGGCUUCCUGAAGCAGCCCCUCUGAGCUCCUGUUUUUACCCUCAGCCUGUCAUCAGACUCAGUACAGGUUUGGUUUUUUUAAACGUUGUGCUAAGAGUGACACACUGCCUCUUUACAGCUAAGAAUUGUGGGGUAGGAAUAUAAAUGAAUGCCUUUGAAACCACCACUAUGCUGAGAUCCCUACAGUGUGAAAUCAGCCGGCAUGCACUACAAUCACCAUGCCUAACAAUAUUGUAGAACUACUGUAUAGAAAAAGAGAAAUGGCACCAUCAGGACAGAAGGAUGAUUUUUGUUAUUUACCUGGUUUCACAGGCCUGAAAGAGUGUUGUUUUAACUUAUUUUACUGUAAUCUGACUGACUGCAUCUGUAAAACAUUUCGAUGGGGCUUCUUGUACAUGGUGCACACAGCAGUGUAGUGCACAUAAACAAUACUAUGAUGUGGUAGCUAUGUUCUGUAGUUGUGGGCAGGAUAAAUGAAGGUUCAAUUAAAAGAAAACGUCCAGAAAUGUAAACCAGACUGGUUGUCU